CAAAUAGAAUAAUAAAAAGUUAUACCAUUUUUUGGGUACAUAAAAAUGAUCCAACAAGUAUAUACUUUCUUAUUUUAUUUUUGAGAUAUUAAAAUUAUUGUAUGGUUUUUCAGGAACACAAAGUUGUCAUUGCUGCGUAGCCUGCCACGACCACGAUCUGAAAGGUUUCAAUUGGCAACUUGAUGUAGAAUUUGAUGGUUCAACUUCCAACGAUGCUUUCAAAUCUAUAACCAUAGAGGAUUUCAGUGAUUGAGUGAGUGGAUAUGAACAUGGAAGAAUCUUAUGAGGCAACAUGCAAUGGAGAAUCAACCAAUAGAAGUCUUGAGAUCAUUAAAUACUCUCCUUAUAAACCCUGCAUCAAACUAUCAUCACCUUGGUUUGAUCUAAGAGUCUUUUAUGUCAGAGUUAGUGGGUUUCAGGUGGAUGAAUCAACCCCUGAGUUUCUCUCUCUUAAUCAUAUUCCUCUUAGCCCUGAUACCCUUUUAGAGGUAAAUGGUGUUAGAAGCAGCGUGUACUCUGAUGGAGAGUGUUCAGUUCUCAGAAGGGACCGAGUGGAUAAGAAAUCUGAAGAAGCUACCUUUGUGAACACAGAUAGUAUACGUUUGAAUGGGAGCAUGAAGUUUGAGGUUUAUGAUAAAGAGCAUUGCAUUCUCUCUGGGGUUCUUGAGAUGUCUAAUAGCAACGGUUUUGUUGGGGAAUCAAGGAGUAAUGCGAAGAGAUGGAGCAUGAUUUGUGAAACAGAAAUGACACCUAGCAGUGGCUUCUUCAAGGGAAAACAUGUUGCUAUCCCUGAAUUACAUUGUCCUGAAAUUGAGGUUUAUGUUGCUGGAAGCUUCUCAGGAACGCCCAUAAUCUUAACUAAGACACUGCAGCUCAAUUGCCGGAAGAAGCAUACUAGGAAAUGCACGUUGGAUGUCAUUCCUGAAUAUGAAACAACUGAGUGCCAGAAAGAUGCAUCUGAUCAUGGACUUGAUUUGCAGGUAGCUGACUACAGAAGCUUCAAACCAGAACAAGAGGAGGAGUACAACAACAUGUAUUGGCAAAGAACAGGAUACAUAGAUGGGGAAGAUGGUGAACUAUCAUGGUUUAAUGCUGGGGUACGAGUUGGUGUUGGAAUUGGGCUAGGCAUCUGUGUAGGAGUUGGUUUAGGGGUUAGCCUAUUGGUGAGUUCAUACCAAACAACUACUCGUAAAUUUAUAAGACGAUUCAUAUAACCCCUUUAUGAGUAGAAAUUUUAAUGCUCUAUAGUUUGAAGCCUACAAGCUAUCAUGGGUAAACUUGGUAGUUUCCUUUUGUUUAGCCUUAUUUCAGAAGCCUUCGAAGGAUGGUAUAGAUGUUCAAUUUUGUUAUUGGGAUCUCGUCAUUUAUUGUACGAUUGUGUGAUUCUGUAGGUUGUAACUUGAUUGGAAUGCUUUUUCAUGUAA